AUGGUGAAGUUCCUGAAGCCUGGCAAGGUGGUCAUCCUGCUGGCUGGCAGGUACGCCGGCUGCAAGGCGGUCAUCGUCAAGUCGUACGACGACGGCACCGCCAGCCGCAACUACGGCCACGCCAUGGUCGUCGGCCUGAGCAAGCCGCCGCGCAAGGUGACGAAGCGCCAGGACUCCAAGACCCAGGCAGCCAAGGCGCGCAUCAAGACGUUCGUCAAGUGCGUGAACUACCAGCACCUGAUGCCCACGCGCUACAGCAUGGACGUCGACCUCAAGUCGGUCGCCACCGCGGAGGUCCUCGCGGACGCCUCGGACGGGAAGAAGGAGAACAAGAGCCACCGCCGGGCCGCGCCCUCGAAGCGGGUCCUCGCGAACAAGGAGGCCAAGAAGGUGCUGGAGGACCGGUUCAAGCUGGGCAAGAACAGGUGGUUCUUCACGAAGCUCAAGUUCUAA